UUGUUCACAGAUGGGCUUGAGGGCGCGUGCGAGGUAGGAUGGUGGUGGAUGGGGUCUCGGGCCACUGGGGUCAUGAACAGCUCGGCGCCUCUCGAGUGCGACACGGACCUCGACGUCUCCCCCUCCGACAAACUGUUCCGCUUCGUGGUCCAUGGAGUCCUCCUCAACGCGAUCGGUGCGGGCGGCCUGCUCGGGAACGGCCUCUCUGUGUUGGUCCUCUCCCGGCCUCAGAUGAGAUCCUCCAUCAACUGCCUGCUGGUGGGGCUGGCCGCCUGCGACACCGUCCUCAUCUUCACGUCGAUAAUGCUCUUCGGCCUCACCGCGAUAUAUCCGUACACCGGCGCCAUGCGGUACUACUACUACCACGUGUCCCCUCACCUCACCCCCUACGCAUAUCCAAUAGCGAACGUCGCUCAAACGAUGUCGGUGUACCUGACUCUGAUCGUGACCAUAGAGCGGUGGGUGGCCGUGUGUCAUCCUUUCCGAGCGAAGGCUCUCUGCACGUCCUCUCGCGCUCGCUGGUACGUGUUGGGGACGGCGACCUUCGCCUUCGCCUACAACGCCCCAAAGUUUUUCGAGGCCGAGGUUAUAGCGGAAGGCAAUCCGGAGAGCGGCGAGGUCAUAUACUGCGUGAGAGCAGACAUGAACUUCCGCACCGAUAGGUAUGUGGUGGUUUAUAUACAUUGGAUGUAUCUAGUAGUCAUGUACAUAGUACCUUUCUCUGCCCUCGCGGCUCUAAACGCCUGCAUCGUGAAACAAGUCCGCCGGGCCCAGGCGGAGCGCGCUCGCCUGUCUCGUGUCCAGCGUCGGGAGCUCGGGCUGGCCACGAUGCUGCUCGUGGUGGUGCUGGUGUUCUUCCUCUGUAACCUGUUACCGCUCGUUACGAAUGCUUUUGAAGUAUUUCUCGGAGACGCCUUCGAAAACCUGGAUCCGCUGGUUAAAACGAGCAACCUUCUAGUUACCAUAAACAGUAGCGUCAACUUUGUGAUAUACGUUAUAUUCGGCGAGAAAUUUAAACGGGUGUUUCUAAAAAUAUUUUGCGCGGGAAGAAUACGUCCGCGAGGUUUGAGAGAUUCUCCGGAACACACUCGAGACGAUUCCUUUGGGUCGUGUGGGGAGCGGAUGUCGCUGCGUCUGGCUCGGAACGGGACAUUAAGGCGUUCAGACCUCCGCAGUACACGCACGGGUCCAGGUCGACAGAGGCGAGCAGCUUCACCAGCACCCACCGUCUACUACCCGGCGCCGACACCCUCCACCGACAUCUCGAUCGCCUCCACGGACGCGCCGCCCUCCGUGUUGAGAUGGAACGGUAACUCCAGACACCACUUCUGA